AUGGAACAAGGUCCUAUACCCUUGACAGCCCGAGAGGCUGCAUCUGGUCUCUUGGGAUCGGUCUCUAUGACCUGUUGGGUUUUCCUUUUGGUUCCUCAGCUGAUUGAGAAUUACCGCAAUGGCAAUGCAGAAGCUAUAUCUCUCCUGUUUGUCUUCGUUUGGUUCAUUGGCGAUAUCGCCAAUCUCGCUGGCGGCCUCCUUGCUGGGCUCGUACCCGUCAUCGUUGCGAUUGCAGUAUACUUCUGCAUUGCUGACGGUGUACUGAUCGCCCAGUGCCUUUAUUUCAAGGCGCGCAACUCUCGCCCCGAGCCUUUCAGCCGCCGACGCUCAUCCACCGAGAUCCCGGAUCCGACUACCCCACUCCUCGGCCGGCCCUUCAGCGACUCUGUUGAACCUUCUGAGUCGCGGCGCCGGCCGUCGGGCUCGCAGCGUCGCAACCAAGCUAGUGGUCGACGUGAGAGCGAGAUCGAGGAUACCAUAGCCAAGAUCGUCGAGGAGAAUGAUCAUGGCCGUAAGGCGUGGGUGAAGAACUUCACCAGCGUUAUCGGGAUCUUCUUCAUUGGCAUGGUAGGUUGGACUAUGGCCUGGCAGACGGGAAUGUGGGCGCCGGCGCCAUUGGAGAACAACAAUCGUUCUGAGCAGGCUACUGGGGGGCUGGUGCUGGGAUAUUUCAGUGCUGUGUGUUAUUUGGGAGCGAGAUUGCCUCAGAUAUACAAGAACUAUAGCGAGAAGUCUUGCGAAGGGUUGUCGCUGUUAUUCUUCAUUCUAUCCCUUCUUGGAAACCUGACCUACGGUGCGGGGAUCCUUUGCCAUUCUACAGAGAAAGAUUACUUCCUCACCAAUCUUCCAUGGCUGAUUGGAUCUCUGGGGACCAUGGUUGAAGAUGUGGUCAUCUUCAUCCAAUUCCGGAUUUACGCUGUCCAGCAACCUGCGCUCUCGGCGGUUCUAUAA